GCUGACGCCGCCAUAUUGGUGCGAACCUCAAACGCAGAGAAAGCGGGAGUGUGCGUGUGUGUACGCGCCUCUCCUCUCUUGGAUUUCGUGCACAUUCACACGGAUUCUAUGAGAGCUCACGGAGCCGCUGUGGAAAGGAGUGUGGUCAGCAGUAGGACAAGACUUAGGGAGAAAACGACAUCCAGGCAAGAAACAGAACGGGAGAGUCACGACCGGAGCGGUUUGCAGUAUGUCCAUUAAGGACGGAGUGCCCCCCACCACGGAGCGGGUGAUCAAAUCCGUCGCCUUUCCACCAACGCACCAUUUAAUGUCUGAUGAAGUCUUCGAUGCUGAAGGGAAGCCGAGGGUGGACAUUUUGAAAAAUCACUUAAUUAAAGAAGGCCGUGUGGAUGAAGAAAUUGCUCUCAGAAUAAUUAAUGAGGGUGCUGAAAUCCUUCGCAGAGAGAAGACAAUGAUAGAAGUGGAAGCGCCUAUUACAGUGUGUGGUGAUAUCCACGGUCAGUUUUUUGAUUUGAUGAAGCUGUUUGAAGUUGGUGGAUCACCUGCAAAUACCAGAUAUCUCUUCCUUGGUGAUUACGUUGACAGGGGAUAUUUUAGCAUAGAGUGUGUGCUAUACCUAUGGGUCCUGAAGAUUUUAUAUCCAACCACACUGUACCUACUAAGAGGCAAUCAUGAAUGCCGGCACCUUACUGAAUAUUUCACUUUUAAGCAAGAAUGUAAAAUCAAGUAUUCUGAGCGAGUUUAUGAUGCAUGCAUGGAUGCCUUUGACUGCCUUCCACUUGCUGCACUUUUAAAUCAGCAGUUUCUUUGUGUGCAUGGUGGCCUUUCACCAGAAAUUCAAACUCUAGACGAUAUUAGAAAAUUAGAUAGAUUUAAAGAGCCACCAGCCUUUGGGGCAAUGUGUGAUCUUCUAUGGUCAGACCCUUCUGAAGACUUUGGAAGUGAAAAAUCAGAAGAAUACUUUAGUCAUAAUACAGUACGAGGAUGUUCCUAUUUUUAUAGCUAUGCUUCAGUUUGUGAGUUUUUACAAGUGAAUAAUUUGUUAUCGAUCAUUAGAGCUCAUGAAGCACAAGAUGCAGGUUACAGAAUGUACAGAAAAAGCCAAACAACAGGCUUCCCAUCAUUAAUCACAAUUUUUUCAGCGCCUAACUAUUUGGACGUAUACAAUAAUAAAGCUGCUGUGCUGAAAUAUGAAAAUAAUGUGAUGAACAUUCGCCAGUUUAAUUGUUCUCCUCAUCCGUAUUGGUUGCCAAAUUUCAUGGAUGUCUUUACUUGGUCAUUGCCCUUUGUUGGUGAAAAAGUUACAGAGAUGCUGGUAAAUGUUCUUAGCAUCUGUUCAGAUGAUGAAUUAAUGACAGAAGGGGAAGACCAAUUAGACGAGCAACUCAUUUAUGGCAGUCGAAAAGUAGGUAAAGCUGCUGCCAGAAAGGAAAUUAUUAGGAACAAAAUCAGAGCGAUUGGAAAGAUGGCCCGUGUCUUCUCCGUUCUCAGAGAGGAGAGUGAAAGCGUGCUGACGCUGAAAGGCUUGACUCCAACCGGGAUGCUGCCCAGCGGAGUGCUGGCCGGAGGACGGCAGACUCUACAAAGUGCCACAGUUGAGGCGCUUGAAGCCAAUGAAGCAAUCCGAGGAUUCUCACCACAGCAUAAGAUCUGCAGUUUUGAAGAAGCCAAGGGCUUAGACAGAAUCAACGAGAGGAUGCCCCCAAGGAGAGACGCACUGCCACAAGACUCCAUUAUUUCAGUAACCACCAGCGAAAGCAAUGGAACUUGCAAGAGUAACAGCCAGUGAGUGAGCUGCCCGUCCAGUGCCAGAGGAGCACAAUGUGAGGGAGCCAUCCUGCCAACCAGCCGGAGGAGGAGGAGGACCUCCAAGGUGAUUGACUUGCCAGAUUAAUAAGGUGGACAUCUGCCGAGUGUUUACACUGCAUAGAGGCCUAGGUAAAGGUUACUUCUAAAAACUGCAAGUCAAAUAAUAAUUGAGGGAGUUUAUGGACAGAACCGAUUUAUUUUGCCUGUUUUAUUUUUCUAUUAAGUUGGGGGGGGGGGGGGGGGGGUGUAUAAAUGUUGUGCAACUCACUAAAUAGAAUGGUCUUAAGCAUUCUGAGCUUCCCAGGAUAUGCUUGAAAUAUUUAAGGAUGACAAAACGGUUUUAUUUAAUCAUUUGCAACAUGAAGACCUCAGGUGUGUUUCCUUAAAACUGUUGCACUUUUUUUGUAUGUAAAAAAUGAAUGAAUUGAACAUGAAUUGCAUUUUUAAGUUAUUUUAA